AUGCUUAAACACUCCUUCUCUGCUCCCCUCGAGGGUAAAAUCGGUGUUUUCAUUCUACUGUAUUUCGCUCUAGGCGUUUCGACGCUUCCGUUUUCCCAAGCUUCACUUGUUCGCAUCCGUUGGCCACUCCCCUUUCCGCCAGCUCGCUUCCCCCUCACCAUCCGACCUCCAUCUCCCCACCCUCCCGCCUCCCUCACCCCCACCAUCCCUCCUCCCCCCUCUUCCCCCCUCCUCCCUCACUUCUUAGGGUUCUCAACUCCCCGAAAGUCCCUGGUUCUCGACUCCCCGAAGCUCCCGAAGAUCCACGUGCGCGCGAACUACAUUAUGGUAUUCGGGCGGCUCACGGCGGGCGAGCCGGAUAAGCACUUCGCGGGCCGCGUGACGUUCACGCUGUUCCAAAACUUCAUGGGAGGCCGCAAGCCGUAUCAGCUAAAAUACCAAAGCCCUGCGGAUAAGGGCAAUCCGCGCGACUUGGGGCACAAGACGUUCGCCGUGGUCGGCGGGCAGGUGGCGCUCUACGGGAUGCCGGGCGGCAGCAACACGCCGUCGUGGGUGCACCUUACCGAGACUGCCAACCCGGGGGCGCGGGCAAUCUACGUGGACACGGACGUGACGCGGUGGGCACCGGGGAUGACGAUCGCGCUGGCCUCCACGUCAGCGGAUCUCAACGACGCGGAGCACCACGUCAUCGCGUCCGUUUCCGUCGUCACGCCUGCGUCGGGACCAGGAAAGAGCGACGGGCGGUACCGGAUUAAUCUAAAGACGCCGCUAAAGAAGCGGCACGACGGCGAGGAGAUCUCGGACGGAGUGGGAGGGACGGUGGGGAUCUAUGGAGAGGUCGCUUUGUUGGAUCGGCAUAUCGUUAUCACCGGAAGUAACGAGCCCGCGCCGCAUCAAUACGACGGUGGCAACUUCAUGGUUUAUAUGACUCCUACAGCCCAAGAAAUCGUGGGCGUGCAAUUCCGUGCCCUAGGGAAGCAGGGCACGCUGGGUAAAUACCCCCUGCAUUUCCACGUGUGCGGGCAGGAGGGGCAGAAUCACAUAGUGCGAAAAAACGCCAUCGUUUUCACGAAGCAGCGGUGCAUGGUGAUUCACGCGACGGGUAACAUGACGAUUGAAGAAAACGUCUCGUACGAAACCAAGGGCCACUGCUACCUGCUGGAGGAGGGGUCGGAAAUGCGAAACGUGUUUAGGCGAAACCUUGGGAUCAACGCGAGGAAAGUUACCCAAGUCAUCCCGCCGGCAAGUUCCAGCCGGUUGGAUUUCCAAACCGAUAAGCAGCCGACGAUUUUCUGGCUCGCGACGCCCUUCAGCAGCUUCAUUGACAAUGUUGCCGCCGGCUCAGAAGAUUCCGGAUUCUGGCUGGAGGCGAACCCAUACAUGCGUGGGUUGUCGCGGCUGCUGCCACAGAUUGGGUCGACAAUACCGUUCUAUUACAACUGGGGCACGUGGGAUGGAAACCACGCCCACUCCAACCUCUUUGGAUUCCGCACCUACCCCCACGGGUCGCGGCCCCGAUACCCGUCAACCACCCAGAAUCCCCGCGUCUCCCUUAAGAACUUCCUCAUUUACCGCAACAAGGCAGGCAUUUUCUUUUUCAACAGCGAGCGCCUGAUAGUGGAGAACGGGGUGUUUCUGGACAAUGGAAUCGGCAUCGACUUGAGCCGCAACGCCGGUGUGCAAGCCAAGGGCUGCCGCUUCAUCGGCCGCUCCUCCGCCUGCCCGGCGUCCUCCUCCAAGGGCGUAACGACUCUUGCUGACACAGCAGCAGACCCUGACGUCCCAGCCGGCCCCACCACUCUGUGGGAGCCCUUCACUCUGCAAGCCUCCCUAGGCCCCCUCGACCCCUAUUUCGAUCCUUUGGCCAGCAGCGGCAAUAAUGGAAGCUACUCAGCUCCAGCUUAUACCAAUAAGAAGGACCCUUAUAACAAGGCAUUUCAAGAUCCGGUGGAUGGGGGUGUUGACCCGAUGGUGGCACUGAACGAGAAGGUGGGGACGUUUGAGGUGCCCGUGGGGAUCACGCUGAGUCAGAGCAACCCGGGGGACAACCUCUUUCCGAAUGGCAUACAAGACUCCUCGUUCCACCGCUUUGGCACGUGCAGCAGCAGCAGCUUUGGCAUCGCUCUUGUGGCAAACAAGGCGGGCGGAUACUGGAACACUGCCAUGUUCGUUAAGGGUCUCUCGUUUGGGGCAGGGACUAAGAAGUUCUGGGCCACACCCAAUCCAUCCUCCGGCCCACCGCCCCGGGGGGGUCUGGUGGCGCGCUUUUACGCCAUCCGGGAUCUCGACGGAUCCCUCCUCGGCCAAUCAGGCUACGCCGUUGCCAACUACGAUCCGAUCCUGCCGCCCGCCGCAGUCCGGGCGGCGAAGUGCAGCUUCCAGAGCGCCUUUUCGGCCUAUGCAUGCACCUCCGUCUGCUAUCGGUCGGUCGCGCUUCAAUAUGAUGAAUCCGGAGUUGGAUCGAAGGGGACGGCAGCUAACCCAAGUGCUGUCAGCCGGCCUUACUCCUAUUUGAAAAUCACCCGAACGGAUGAUGGAACGGUGUUUUACACGUACGGAACGGAAAAUGAUGAUCCGAAUGCCGGUCCGGCGGGCCCGGGCAAAAAGACUCGGUUCUUGACCGCGUCGCUUUUAGCUGGGUACACUUACCGGAUAGAGGUGGUCCCGUCAGAUACGAACAGCAACUUUUACCCGAGUAAAAUGCAGCUGGUGGUUUUCGAUUGGCAGGGGUGUACCGGUGCGGUUACCCUAAUCAUCGACUCGCCGAAUUCGAGUAGCAAAUGGACAGCGAAUGUGCCUACAGUGCCGUGCUCUUCGGUGGAUGCGACGAGAGUUUAUAAGGAGUACGCGUGUGGCGGAGGGAAGGCGAGACUGCAGCUGGAUAUUGGGGCGAGCAGCAGCGGCAGGGGCCUGGCUGUGAUGGAUUUGGAUCAAGGCGUCAGCACUGCUUGCUCCUCAGACUCUGCUUGUUCUGCCAGCACCUCGUCUCUGCCGCCCCUGUCGGUCUCGCCGCUGGGCGGCAUCGAGUCUGGUACCACCGUGAGCGGCGGGAGUGCUUAUACCAAGGAUGAGGGUGAUGACGAUUAUAGCGAGAAUGAAUUUACCGCACGGAAUCUUAAUAGCAGCGCCACUGGAAGCAGUAGCAUUGGCCAGUCUCCCGCACCCCCUCCUGUGGCAGUACCAACAGUACCAGCAGUACCAGCAACAGCACAGGCAGCAGGAGAGAGAGAACCAGCAAGGGAGCUCUUUGGCAGGCUGCUACUGAGGAAGGUUGCUCCUGCUCCGGCCCCUUCCCCACCUCCCCGUCGACACUAG